GGCGGCCGCGCUGCUGCUGGCGGUUCUGAACGCGGCGCUGGCAGGUCUCUUCGCCUCGGCGGGGAAGAUGAAGAUCGUGGAGGAGCCGAAUGCGUUCGGGCUGAAUAACCCGUUCUUGCCUCAGACAAAUAGGCUGCAGCCCAAGAUGUCGCCGUCUGCAGUAUCAGGCCCUGCACAUCUCUUUAGGCUUGCUGGCAAGUGUUUCAGUUUUGUGGAAUCCACGUACAAAUACGAGUUUUGUCCUUUCCAUAAUGUCACUCAACACGAGCAGACUUUUCGAUGGAAUGCCUAUAGUGGGAUUUUAGGAAUCUGGCAUGAAUGGGAAAUUGACAACAACACAUUUGUUGGAAUGUGGAUGAGAGAAGGAGACUCCUGUGAAACUAAGAGCAGACAGACAAAGGUUCAUCUUGUUUGUGGAAAGAGCAAUAAAUUGGCUUAUGUGUCUGAGCCAAGUACUUGUGUUUACUCUCUGACAUUUGAGACUCCUCUCGUGUGCCAUCCCCACUCACUUUUAGUUUAUCCAACUCUGACUGAAGCACUGCAAAGGAAGUGGGAUGAAGCAGAGCAGCUUCUGUACGAUGAACUAAUAACUGAUCAGGGUUACAAAAAAAUUCUGAAAGAGAUUUUUGAGGAAGCAGGACUUCUAAAAGCAAGAGAAGAAAACGAAGUUGAAAAACAGAGUAAGAAAAUAACUCUGGAAUUUGAAACAGUGGAAAAGUGCAGUAAGGAAUACAAGCAACUUUCUGAAGAAAUAAAAAAACUUAGAGUUUUAUUAGGUCAGCAUGGUAUUGCAUACAGAGGAAAUUCUGCUGGAAAUACCAGUGUUGAAAAUGUAAGUCACCAACUGGCUACAGCAGUAGCAUCAGUUCUUAAAGGGUCAACGGACGAUGAGCACCUGCAUGGCGAUACAGGAAUUUGGAAUUACACUGUAUAAAGAAGCUUGGGUGGUACAGAAUGUAAAUUAAACUGAACGUCUAGCCUUUCUGAGGGCUGUCCCCCACUUCCUUGUGCCAGCAGGGUCCCUUUUUGAGGGCAUGGACCCGUGGGGAGGGUUCCCAUCAAGGGCCGUGCUGCCGUCCAGGGCAGCUGGAGCGGUUCUGUGCCUUCAUUUUGGGGGUGA